UUGAAUUCAGUGAGUGGUGGGCAGCAGUUAAGUGAGUCAAGGAGGCACUUAGGGAUCAUACAUGGAUAAAAAGCUAUUGGUUCUAUCACUGCAAGUAACGUUAUCGGAAAUAUUUAUAUAGUGCCACUUAGUCACGUUUUAGAUUAAGAUGCAUCUACACGCGAUAGACCGAGAAACUGCAAGAAUACUGGUCCCCUAGCCAGUUUUCUGUGCAGUUGCAUUGAUACUCGUAGCCUGACUCUCACUACAAUGUCAAGCUGCCAACACAUCGACAACAGCUGCAGUAGCAGCAUCACGGACCUGCUCGGGGCGCUGUGUGACAGCAGCUUGACCGGAGUGUCAUGGAAACGACGUGCCCUGGGCGGUAUUUCUCGGGAGGGGGUGCGGCGCGCUCUCCGCAGGCGGGCCUAUGGCGCUCUGCUGUCUAGACUUUUCCAGGAGAGUUCACCCAAACCUCCCAGCCCUCUGGCCUCCACUCCUCCCAGGAACAAAAUGCUCAUGAUUUCCUUUGACCUACGGGUGACUGGUUGCCCGGAGGAUGCCGAGCGACUGGAGGAGCUGCUUGGGAGGCUACAGGACGGUGCUGCCUCUGGCUUGGCUGAGUUGGACUCCAUGCUGGAGCUCCUGGUGCAGCUGGCUGGCUCGGUGCCCCCGCCGCCCACUUCCUUCAGCAGGGACUACAUGCGGCGUGAGCGGCCAGUGCUGCGCAGGACUCCUCUGGGCGGCUACCAGAGCGAGGAGCUCCAGAGGCUGGAGGCCAGGGCCUGGGCACUGGUCUGCGGGGAGGAGUGGAGCAAUCUAGGGGGUCUCUGCAGCUCGGUGGCACUGAUGGACGCCCCACCGGGGACCGGACUUCUGGCCUUACGGCAGAGCUCAGAGGUGGAGGAGCGCUUUGAGAGAGACACCAGGCUGUCGCUGUUUGGAGCCCUGCAGCACUCCCGCACCUCAGACCUGGACGUCAAGCUGGACCUGCCUCCUGUGCCCAGCAACGCAGAUGUGACCGGCCUGGCUAUCAGGGUUCCUCCAUGGUUGGACCAGUCUGAGGACGAGGGCUUCCAGUCAGCUUCUAACCUGACGCCAGACUCCCAGUCGGAGCCUAGCACCAGCCCGGAGGUGGACAUGUGGGAGGCCUUGCGCUGCUUUGAGCCUGGGAGGCGCCGCUGCUGGGAGCGUAUAGGCUGUCCUCCGGGCCAGAAGGUGGCGCCAUACCUGUCCGAGGGAGGCAGGGUGGCCUUCGACCAGCUCUACCGGCUGUGGGAGGGGGAGAUGAGGCUGGUGAGCUCCACCCCCUCCCCUCUGCUGCCUCUGCCUCUGGGCGCUCAGACUCCGCUAGUGAAGGAUGUCCUCAACGUGCUGAUCGGAGUGGCCUCCACCACGUUCCCCCUCAAUAAGGACUGUGUGCAGUUUGACGUGCGCCCCGGAGUGUGUCUGUCGGGGGCGUCUCCGGAGAGUGUGUCACGGCUGUUGGGGGAGCUGGCACUCUACGGCACACACUACCUGCGCCUCAGCCACUUCUCUCUUCAGAGCACCCACAAGCGCGGCCUUGUCUUCCAGGCCUUCACGGGGGGUCUGAGGCGAUACCUCCACUAUUACAGAGCCUGUGUCCUGAGCACGCCCCCCACACUCAGCCUGCUCACUAUCAGCUUCCUGUUCCGCAAGCUCGGACGUCAGCUAAGGUACCUGUCAGAGCUGUGCUGUGUGGAUGGAGAGUCCAGUGGGGUCCAGCCAGCCUUCCCUGUGGGAGUCAAGUUGCUCUCGUACCUGUACAACGAGGCGCAGAGCAACUGCAGCAAUGAGAACUACCCCGUGCUGCUGUCUCUGCUGAAGACCAGCUGUGAGCCCUACACUCGAUUUGUAUCAGACUGGGUGUACAGUGGUGUUUUCAGAGAUGUGUACGGGGAGUUCAUGAUCCAGGUGAAAGAGGACUACCUGGGCCACAGAGACAAGCAUUUCUGGACUCAGGGCUACACUCUGAUCUCAAACAACGUUGAGGACUGCGUUCCAGUCUUCUUGAGGCACAUCGCCAACGACGUGUACGUCUGUGGGAAGACCAUCAAUCUGUUGAAGAUCUGCUGUCCUCAGCACUACAUCUGUUGGUCGGAGCUGCCCGUGCCUCGCAUCUCUGUCACCUUCUCGCUCCAGGAGGUGGAGGAGAUCGAGCGCGACUGCGCCAUCUACCGGGGGCGCAUGGAGCGCAUCGCCAAGCACAGCGCCAUCAGCAGGGAAGAGCAGACUCUACGCACAGAGCAGGCGCGGCAGGAGCUCAUCCAUCAGGUCAGGGAGUCGACGGCCAAGACGCUGGACAGCAUCCGAGGUCGGAUGGUGUCGCAGCGCUUGGCAGAGGAGGCCAAGAAGAGGGAACGCUUUGAGGAGCUGAAGCAGCAACUGGAGUUGGAACAGGAGUGGCGGAGCAGCGCCAGGAGGAAGGAGAAGGAAGACGACUUCGGUUUCGCCCGUGAGCUGAGGGACCGUGAGAAGAGACUGCAGGCCCUGGAGGAGCAGCUGGAGCAGAGGGCCAGGAAGGAGUUGAUUGCCCAGUACAGCCGUCUGUCGGAGGAGGCGGCCAGGCGCGAGUGGAAGGCCGUGUGGCGGGUGCAGAGGAUGAGGCUGGACGAGCAGAGAGCCCACUUCCUCCAGCAGGACCAGCAGAGCAUCCAGGGCCUCCUAGAGAAAUAUCCUCUUGGGCAACCAGGGCCGAACCUCGAAGCGCUUCCAAGACCGGGACUAGCAGCUACGCAAACAGCUCAGGAGUCCCUGGGCGCCGAGCCACAGGCGCAGCAGAUCGGAGCCAGCGGGGUGUCGCUCUCCUCCGCCCCUCGUCCUCCCCACGCGUCCGCCUCCAUCUCGGGCUCGACCACUUCAGCGGCGGUCGCCGGCGUGCUUGUGCCGGAAAACAAGAUGGACGGCAGAGACUUCCCUUCGGACGUGCAGGCGAACAGCCAGCACGUGGAGCCAGCGCCACAGGAUAUCGGCUCGGAUUUCCCAGCAGCCUCUGCUUCCGCUCCUCCCCCUCUUCCUUCUCCUUCUCCCUCCGCGAGUGCCGACUACGACUUCAGCGCGCCCUUCGCCCCGCUGGAGCAGGGCAUCCACGCCCACGUCCGCCCUCGCUGGGACGCCCACCCGGCCCUCGCACACAUCCGCCUCAAGGAGGAGGACGCCACAUCUGAGGCCGGCCAGGAGGAGGAGGAGGGCAGGCGGGCGGACGAGCAGACAGACACAGCUCUGCAGGCAGGACGACCAACCCCAGGACUCCCCGGGCACACGGCAGAGACAGAUGGACUGACCGCUGCUGUUCCUCAGCCCCAGGAGGCCUCCAGUCUGAGCGUGUCAGUUGGGACGGACUGUGAGACGGGGGACCGCAGAGCACAGCCACAGGUGACUGGAGGGACUCGGCAGGCUGUCCUAGCACCCUCGCCUUUGCCAGAAUCCGCACCAGAGCCCAGUACUGUGGCUGGGGACAUUAGACAAGGUCAGCAGUCUGAGACGCCUUUGUCUCGGGCUGCUACCGCUGAGGGUUCUGCUGGACCCACGCAUGGACAUCCCUCAGACACUCACAUUAAGGUCGGCGAAAACAUUUCAGGUGUGACGGACACUCGCGCAUCCCCUAGUCAUCAUGGCCACUCCUCCGAUGCCCAUAUAAGGGUCGGGGAGAAUGUGUCUGAGGUCCAAAGUUCUCUCCCUACACCAAACAUUCACGGACACGCCUCCGACGCCCAUAUAAGGGUAGGAGAGAACGUUUCUGAGGUGACCACCACUCUCCCCUCCCCUAGCAUUCACGGUCACGCCUCUCACGGCCACAUCAAGGUGGGCGAGAACGUGUCCGAGAUUGUUGCCCCACUUCCCUCCCAGAGUGUCCAUGGGCACGCCUCGGACGCCAACCUGCAGGUGGGUGGCUUCGUGUCGGAGGUGACCCCCUCGCAACCCCGCUGGAGCAAGCACGGCCACGCCUCGGACUCCACUCUUCAGGUGGGCUGCCUGGUGGUCGGCGCAGAGCCAGCUCUCUCCCCGCUCCCCCGCAGCGCCCACGGCCACUCCUCCGACUCCACACUGGGCAUCGGCUGCGUGGUGGGGGCCACUGAAGUCUUCCAGCCCCCUCAGCCCAGUGCCCACGGCCACUCCUCGGACUCCACCCUCACAGUGGGCUGUGUGGUGUCGGGCGUUCAGCCCCAACUGGCCCCUCUACCGGGCAGUGCCCACGGCCACUCGUCCGACUCCAUCCUGGCCGUGGGCUGUGUGGUGUCGGGCGUUCAGCCCCAACUGGCCCCUCUACCGGGCAGUGCCCACGGCCACUCGUCCGACUCCAUCCUGGCCGUGGGCUGUGUGGUGUCGGGCGUUCAGCCCCAACUGGCCCCUCUACCGGGCAGUGCCCACGGCCACUCGUCCGACUCCAUCCUGGCCGUGGGCUGUGUGGUGUUGGGCGUUCAGCCCCAACUGGCCCCUCUACCGGGCAGUGCUUAUGGGCACUCGUCCAACUCCACCCUGGCCGUGGGCUGUGUGGUGUCGGGCGUUCAGCCCCAACUGGCCCCUCUACCGGGCAGUGCCCACGGCCACUCGUCCGACUCCGCUCUGGGAAUGGGCUGUGUGGUGAAGGGCCCCAAGCCUGGCAGCGCACUACAGACGGACCCCUCACUCAAGAGGGACGGAGAUGCCCCUCAGCCUUCAACUGACCUGCUCACCAACCCAGACUCUCCCUACGGGCUCCUUGGCCUCCCUGCCUUUCUGGAUGAAGGGCUGACUGCAUGGGCUCAGGGCCUGGGCCUCUCCCCUGGCGAAAGCCCUGAGGACCACUACCUGCUGUCCCUGGCCUCCCAGUACCAGGUGGAGCAGUACGAGGACACCUACAACCUCAUGACGGCGGUCCCGGACACCCUGCUGUUGCAGCAGGUGGUGCGGGGGCCCUACGGCUUCCCCAUGGACCCCUCCCUCCACAGGGCCACCGACACCACAGCCGUGCGGCUCAGCGAGAUGGUGUCCCUACCGGUGCUGAUGAAACACUCCGUUACCACGCCUCUCAUCACUCAUGUGUCUCUGGUCAACAAGGCUGUCGUGGAUUACUUUUUUGUGGAGCUGUGUGUGGAGAGGCACUUUGAGGCCCUGCGGCACUUCCUUUUGAUGGAGGACGGAGAGUUCGCCCAGUCCCUCAGUGACCUGCUCUUCGAGAAGCUGGGGAGUGGACAGACCCCUGGAGAGCUCCUGACUCCUCUGGUGCUUAACUCCAUCCUCAACAAAGCGCUGCAGUACAGCCUGCACGGAGACAGCGCCCUGGCAGCCAACUUCACGUUCGCCCUGCGGUACCUUCCGGAAACCUUCCACCCACACGCCCCCGACUCUCUCAACUGUCUGGAGCUACGCUACAAGGUUGAUUGGCCCUUAAACAUUAUCAUCAGCGACAGCUGCAUGAACAAGUACAACCGCCUCUUCUCCUUCCUGCUGCAGCUCAAGCACAUGGUGUGGACCCUGCGGGACGUCUGGUUCCAGCUGAAGAGAACCGCGCGGGUGAAAGGUGUGGCCGGCUCUGUGCAGUUCCAUCAGCUGCAGCUCUACAGGCACGAGAUGCAGCACUUUGUCAAGGUCAUCCAGGGCUACCUGGCCAACCAGAUCCUGCAGGUGUCCUGGAGUGAGUUCACUACCAAGCUGGGCAGCGUCAGCGACCUUGACGCCAUCCACCGCACCCACGCCGACUACCUCAACAGAGCCAUCUUCAGGGGGCUGUUGACGGAGAAGGCUGCUCCAGUCAUGAACAUCAUCCACAGCAUCUUCAGCCUCAUCCUGAAGUUCCGUGCCCAGCUCGUGUCCCAGCCCUGGGAGUGCCAGCAGGGGGAGACAGUGCACCCCAGCUUCAUCGCCAUGCAGCAGUCCUACAACACCUUCAAGUACUACUCGCACUUCCUCUUCACAGUUGUCUCCAAAUUGGUCAACAAAGGCUACCAGCCUCACCUGGAGGACUUCCUUCUGCGCAUCAACUUCAACGACUAUUACAAGGACUCCUGAGAUCUACUCCCGACUAUUACAAGGACUCCUGAGAUCUACUCCUGACUAUUACAGAUCUAGACUAUUACAGAUCUACUCCCGACUAUUACAAGGACUCCUGAGCAACACGGUCAAGCCUGUUUGUGUGUGGCAUGAGGUGCAUGUCUGCUAGAUUGAUAUGCACUUAUACGGUGAGCUUCUGUUGUCCAUCUAGAACCACAGGAUUCAGCCUGUGCAGCUGUGCGUGUACCAUGCCUCUAUGCGCUUAUCUAUGGCCGUCCUAGAGAGACAACACAAGCAGGCACUUUAUCUAAGUACUGCGUGUGAUUGGUACAUAUAUGCUGGCGUCCACACUUGCCUUUGAGGUUUUGCAUAUGUGUGCAACGGAUCUACUGUAUCGAUCCUCUCAUGCUAAAUAUGCUGUGGUGGAAGCUAGCAUUUCUCAGCUAUAAGCAUUGUGGCCAACAGACAGCCUAAGUCCACCUCUGGUAUAUGUUGAGGUUGGAAAGCUGAUAGGCAGCUCUGUGUUGUGUUUCGUGUGGUGUGCCGACCUCCAUCCACCAAGUGAAGCUUAUAAAGCACUUCCUUAUCUGUUAUCUCUUCAAGUACAGGGGCCAAAUGACUUCCCCUGCCCCCCCCCCCAACCUCAGGUGUGCCUGACCUCUUAAGCUCAGUGUAAAAUGCACAUUUUGUGAAUUGUGUAAUAAAUACCUAAUUUUCAA